GACCUACGUAAACGCUAAGGCCUAAGCGCUAACUGGUCGGCUCCCGCCUCUAGGGUUUUAUACUUGAACAAUUCUCUGAGACGCUUACCAGAAAGAAGGGUUUAUCAUUUAUUAGUUUCCCGGCCACAUUGGUCGAAGCUACUCAUUACAGAACAAGAAUUAAGAUUUACCUUUCGUUGUGUCGACAGUUUGGUGAAGGAAAUUCAUGGCAUAUUCUCAAGCACGUGACUUCAUGUUCUGUAGCUUCUGUGGUUCAAUGCUGUCUUUGGUAUCACCCAAGUAUGCUGAAUGCCCAUUGUGCAAGUUUAAGCCAAGUGCAAAAGGGAUUUUGGGUAGAGAAAUAGGUUACACCAUUACUGCUGAGGAUAUACGGAGAGACCUGGGCAUCUCACAUGUUAGUGAAGGGAUGAAAACCAAAGAAUCAGCAGCGUUGAUCAAACAGACUUGUAAAAAGUGUGGACAUCCAGAGCUUGAGUACACUACCAGACAAAUGAGAUCAGCUGAUGAAGGGCAGACAGUAUUCCUUGUAUGCCCAAAUUGUAAGUUUAAGGACACAGAAAAUUGAGUCACUGUUCAACUUUCGAGAGCUGCGGGCACCAGUGUGAGAGGCAGGAGCAGUUUUAAGGGUUUUUGAGACUUAUCUUCAAUCAUGUUGUUGUCUUUGGAUCAAGGAAAAGUUAUAUUAAAACAAUCACCUUUCUUCCUUCUUUUUAUUGAAAAAAUUUUGUUCCACUGUAUGUGUGUAGAAUAUAUUGACAAGUUUCAUUACCAUAUGAGGUGAUUUUCAUGUAGAAUCAUACUGCUUGUGGUUCUCUUAGACUAGCCUGGUAAGCUGUUAUUUACUUUGUCCUGGAGAGAAAGGAACAACAUACUUUAUGGGGGGCGGCUUCGGACAUUGGGAGUAUUGCUGUUCAGAGAUUCUAAACAGUGGGAUUUUUGUUCAGAGAUUGUAAUCAGUUCUGUUAGUUUCGGUUUUUUUGUUUUAUUUUCCUGGUUUUGCGCGUCUGUGCCUUGUUUUUCCUGUUUCUUUUGUAUGAUAAAAUCACAUAUAUCCAACAAGAAAUAAAAUUUUCUUUUUUCCAUGCUUCA